GUUAACUUUUGUCACGUUUUAGCCUUUAAUUGUCUUUUGGAUAACUAUUUUACAAGUAUUGCAACAAUCUAUUUUUGUAAACGACACAAUUCAGCAUAAUACAUGUAGAAAUAGAGCGAAGGUAAACGAACAUAAACCCGAAAUAAAUCAGAUCGGAACGGUUUGUGACCCGGAAUAGUAACAUGAAAAUAUGACUGGUGCUGGAGGGGCAAAACCUCCCCCUACCGUGCAGACUCAUCUGGGAGUCCCAAACUCAGAACCACCACCUCUAGAGUCUCCCAAGUUUUUCAUCAGCAGUGUUGAACCAGGCGUGUACGUGGUGAACACUCCUAAAAAGGACAACAACAGUAAAUCUCCGCAAUCUAUUGCAAGUACAGACAUUUCGCUGACUGAAGAUUCCUUUCAAACAUCUAGAUCAAGUAACAUAGACAGGUCGCAGAUAUUCGGUGUAGAUGAAAAUGCAGAAAGAGGGAAUUGGACCGGGAGACUGGACUUUAUCCUGUCAAUGCUGGGAUAUGCUGUUGGUCUCGGAAACCUGUGGCGAUUCCCGUACUUAUGUUAUAGAAACGGAGGUGGUGCCUUUUUAGUGCCAUAUUUGAUAUUUAUGACAGUGGUCGGGAUACCGUUAUUUUUCAUGGAAACAAGUCUUGCACAAUUCACCAGCUGCGGACCAACAUCAUGUUGGGGAUUUUCUCCAUUGUUUUCUGGGAUUGGUAUCGCUAUGUGCCUGUGUUCAGGAUUGACGUCACUGUACUAUAAUAUGAUUAUAGCAUGGUGCAUGUUUUACUUUUUCGUAUCGUUUCAACACCCAUUACCAUGGUCGAAUUGUGAUAAUGAUUGGAAUACAGCCGACUGUAGAUUAAAGUUACCAUCAGUCAACUGUGAGGGCAGUGUGAAAUAUUUGAAUGGUACUUGUUACGACAACACGGGGGAAUUUCUUGGGCUGUGGAACACAACUCUGUUUACUGAAACCACUGGUAGAAAACGAAUCUCUCCGUCAGAAGAAUAUUACAACAAGUAUAUUCUGGGGAUCAGUUCUGGUAUAGAUGAUGUCGGAGCACCCCGAUGGCAAAAUGUUCUUGUGUUGCUAUUGGCUUGGACUAUAUGCUUUUUCUGCCUUAUUCGAGGCAUUAAAACUACUGGGAAGGUUGUGUAUUUUACUGCCGUAUUUCCAUAUGUAUUGCUGCUUAUUCUUUUCUUCCGUGGGGUGACGCUAGAGAACGCAGGGGAGGGAAUCAAAUUCUACAUCUUGCCAGAGUUUAGUAAACUUGCCAGCGCAAAGGUAUGGCGUGACGCUGCUGUUCAGAUAUUUUAUUCAAUGGGACCUGGAUGGGGAGGUCUAAUAGCGUUAUCGAGUUACAAUAGAUUCCACAAUAACAUAGUCAGGGAUUCGUUGAUUGUGUCGCUUGGCAACUGUAUGACGAGUAUAUUUGGAGGAUUUGUAAUAUUUUCCUACAUUGGUUUUAUGGCAGGACAGCUAGAUGUUAAAGUCGACGAGGUCGCAACAAGUGGAGCUGGUUUAGUGUUUGUGAUAUACCCGGAGGCUCUAAAUAGUCUUCCUGGGUCAACGUUCUGGGCAAUCAUCUUUUUCUUCAUGCUUAUCACAUUGGGUCUAGAUAGCCAGUUUGCAACAGUUGAGACGGUGCUGACGGGUAUAUGUGACUCUUUCCCGGAUAUCCGGAAAUACAAGUCUCCUGUGAUUGGCUGUAUUUGUAUUGUAUCAUUCUUGUUGGGACUUCCGAUGUGUACACCGGGAGGAGUGUAUAUACUGCAGAUAUUAGACUAUUACGUGGCCGCUUGGUCACUACUCCUCAUAGGGCUUACAGAGGUCAUAGCUAUCACGUAUGUUUAUGGUUGGCGGCGAUUCUGUUCUGAUAUUGAGCUAAUGACGGGCACUCAGCCUUCAUUAUUCUGGAAAGUCACGUGGAUGGCCACAGCUCCAAUAGGAAUUACGUUUAUCCUGAUAUUUGCGUGGAUAGACUACACAUCAGUGACGUAUGGUGACUACGUGUAUCCUGGUUGGGUUGAUGCAGUAGGUUGGCUCCUGGCUUUAUCCUCUGUUAUAUUUAUACCUGGUGCAAUGAUUUAUAAGUUAUGUAAGGAGGAUGAUGGUGAUACUAUUCUAGAAAAAGUGAAAUUGUUACUGGCACCAUCACGAUCAUGGGGACCUGCUCUGGUAAAGCAUAGAGAGUUAGUGGACUAUGUGAACGGUUUUGUUGUCGAUCCAUUCACAGAAAAAGCUUAUUUAAACAGAGGAUACUCUGGUUCUUCUAUCAACGGUAGCGUAAACAGUUUAACUAGAUCACGAAGUAAAGGCUCAGUCUCAGCUGUUAGUGUAAGAUCUCACUCAACCGCGAAAUCCAGCAACUCAAUGGCAUCUAGAAUAACAUUUGAAUCUACUUUAUGAACAUUUACCUUAUCGUAGGACAUUGGAGUAAUUAUAGAUACAUUAGUAUCGUUGAGCUUCGUUCUUUAAUUGUUUAAAAAAAUGUUUUACUGCAUUGUUUUAACCCUGCUCAUCAUUUGCAUUUAAUAUUUUGAUUUUUUAUCGUGUAUAUUACUGUUUUAUACUAUUUUAUAAAGUAAUUAAACAUGGAGAAAAAUGUGAA